GUGCGGGGCCGCGCUUCGCCUCACCGCGCUCCAUCUCGCCCGCAGGAGCCGCCCGAGGAGCCGCAGCUCCGGGACACCCCCGACGACAUCUGCUUGGAGGCAGCGGCCAACGCCAUCGCGCUGCACCCGCAGCGGGAGCUGCUGGCGGUGGGGGACGUGGACGGCGACGUGUAUCUGUACUCGUACUGCUGCGUGCAAGGGAACAACCGCCAGCUCUGGUCCUCGGGACACCACCUGAAAUCGUGCCGCGAUGUCGCCUUCUCCCAGGACGGGAACAGUGA